AGAACGCAACGCAUCUUUUCUCUCUUUCUGUUUCUCCGGGGAGUAAAACGUUGCGUUUUAACAUUUGUUCCGCUUGUAAGCAUUCGCUCCAAACUCGUACGACACUUCCAUAUUUAUUGAAGGCUCGAAGCAAUCGACCGCAGCCAUGGCUAAAGAAGAACAGCAGAUUGAAGGAAACGACGUUGUUUCUGAUCUAAUCAACUUCUUGAACUCUUCGCCUACAGCGUUCCACGCAGUUGAUGAGGCCAAGAAGCUUUUGAAGGAGUCAGGAUUCGUGCAAGUUUCAGAGAGAGAUAAUUGGAAUCUGGAGGCAGGAAAGAGAUAUUUCUUCACAAGGAAUUACUCUACCAUUGUUGCUUUUGCAAUUGGAAAAAAGUAUGUCCCUGGAAACGGAUUCUGUAUUGUUGGUGCACAUACUGAUAGUCCUUGUCUGAAAUUAAAGCCCAUUUCAAAGGUAACUAAAGGUGGGUAUUUGGAGGUUGGUGUCCAAACUUAUGGAGGGGGUUUAUGGCAUACAUGGUUUGAUCGUGACUUAACUGUUGCUGGACGGGUGAUAAUAAGAGAAGGGAAAGAUGCCUUCUCUCAUAAGCUUGUCAGGAUUGAGGAACCCAUAAUGCGAAUCCCUAACCUAGCAAUUCACUUAGACAGGGGUGUUAAUGAUGGAUUCAAAGUGAACGCACAUAGUCAUCUCGUUCCCAUCUUGGCAACGGAAAUCAAGGCUGAGCUCAAUAAAGUGGUUUCUGAAAAUGGUCCUGUUAAGAGUGGAGCUGAUGAGAAAAAGUCAAAUGAAAGAACAAAGACUGAUAACUCAAGGCAUCACUCACUUCUCCUACAGCUGCUUGCAACUCGGCUUGGCUGUGAACCAGAUGACAUAUGUGAUUUUGAGUUACAAGCAUGUGACACUCAACCAAGUACAGUUGCUGGUGCCAUGAAAGAAUUCAUUUUCUCGGGAAGGCUUGAUAACCUCUGCAUGUCAUUUUGCUCUCUAAAGGCAAUGAUAGAUGCAACAGCUUCUGAAAGUACUCUUGAGGAGGAAACUGGUGUUAGAAUGGUGGCAUUGUUUGAUCAUGAGGAGAUUGGAUCUAAUUCAGCACAAGGAGCUGGCUCUCCUGUCAUGUUUGAUGCAUUAUCACAAAUAACUAACUCCUUCACCUCUGAUUCUAAGCUGCUUCAGAUAGCAAUUCAGAGGAGUUUCCUUGUAUCUGCUGACAUGGCACAUGCCCUCCACCCUAAUUACAUGGACAAACAUGAUGAAAAUCAUCAACCCAAGUUGCAUGGAGGACUUGUCAUCAAGCACAAUGCAAAUCAACGCUAUGCAACCAAUGCAGUCACUUCUUUCAUAUUCAAGGAAAUAGCUGCAAAGCACAACCUUCCAGUCCAGGAUUUUGUGGUCCGCAAUGACAUGCCUUGUGGUUCAACCAUUGGUCCCAUCCUUGCAAGCGGUGUGGGGAUUCGCACUGUUGAUGUUGGUGCCCCACAGUUAUCAAUGCACAGCAUAAGAGAAAUGAGCGCAGUUGAUGAUGUGAAGCAUUCGUACGAGCAUUUCAGGGCCUAUUUCCAAGAGUUCUCUUGCCUUGAUGCUAAGAUUACCGUGGACAUCUAGGUCUCCACCGUAUCUUCUUUACAGAAUUUGAUGCUUAAUAGUUUCAACAGAUGCCUGUUUGAGUUCUGGCUAUGAAGACUUAUCACUGUGCCUAAAGUGCUGUUCUGAAUGAUGUUUAGCUUUCCCCCAACUUGCUGCAACUUUCAAACCCUAAUUUAUGUGGUUUAUAUGCUGUUAACUGGGAUGUUGAAAUGAAAGAUCAGAUCUUGGUGAAUCGGUUAACCGAAUUUAAUCUUAUGAACUUCGGUUUCAAGCUUUAA